AUGGACUCUCCAAGAAACGAGGUCAGGCCAAGACCGGAGACUGCUGUAGGCCCGGCGUCGACGCUGCGUUGCGAAUCUGCGUUGCAAAUCUCCUGCUGCGUAAUUUACAGUGACAAGGGGCGUUGGAGAGGGUGGAUUCUCCGGAGGUGGAAGUGGCGGAGGAGGGUUAUGGCCAUCGUGGGGAGCGCUCCUCGCGUCUAUAUCGCGGCGGUGGCUGCGAGUCGCGAGAGCUCGACCGGCAGCUCGUACACGACCCCGACCGCCUCCUUUUUCAGGGGUUUCGGUUUCCGGUUCGGACACCCGUUCGCAGGGACGAGGCGGUUUUCUCCAUCCCCCGUGUGUCCAAUCCCUCUCUUUCUCUCUUUUUAUCUCUUUGUCUUAUUUUCCAUCACCUCUUUUUCUCCAUUCCUGUUUCUCUGGUCUUCCCUUUUGCCAACCGCUGUCUCAGUCUAUCGGUGUCGCGCCUCGACCUGCCUGCAAAAUUCAUCUGCCAUGGCGCACCAGGCAAGAGGUCUACCGCAGUUGCGAAUAAAGUUUUAUAAUACGAUCGUCGCCGGUCUUCAAAUAGUCCUCUUGCUCACCGUCCUACCUCAAGAAAGCCUUUGCGGGCGCCACGAGAAACGCUUACUGAAUCACCUGCUGGCAAAUUACAACACCUUGGAGCGACCGGUCGCGAAUGAGAGCGAACCACUGGAGGUGAGGUUUGGCAUCACUCUACAGCAAAUCAUCGACGUGGAUGAAAAGAACCAAAUACUUACGACCAACGCAUGGUUGAAACUGGAGUGGACGGACUAUAAUCUCCAGUGGAACGAGACCGAAUACGGCGGAGUGAAGGACCUUCGAAUUACGCCGAACAAGCUUUGGAAACCGGAUAUCCUCAUGUACAACAGUGCGGAUGAGGGUUUCGACGGGACGUACCAAACAAACGUGGUGGUCACGCAUAACGGCAGUUGCCUGUACGUCCCUCCGGGCAUCUUCAAGAGCACAUGCAAGAUAGACAUCACUUGGUUCCCCUUUGACGACCAACACUGUGACAUGAAGUUCGGAUCCUGGACCUACGACGGCAACCAGCUCGAUCUGGUACUCAACUCACAGGAGGGUGGUGACUUAUCCGAUUUCAUCAUGAACGGGGAAUGGUACCUCAUCGGUAUGCCGGGAAAGAAGAACACGUUAAUAUAUCAAUGCUGCCCGGAGCCGUACGUUGACGUCACAUUCACGAUACAGAUACGCAGGAGAACCCUCUACUACUUUUUCAACCUGAUCGUGCCCUGCGUGCUGAUAUCGAGCAUGGCCCUACUGGGCUUCACCCUGCCGCCCGAUUCCGGCGAGAAGCUCACCCUAGGAGUGACCAUCUUGCUAUCGCUGACGGUGUUCCUGAACCUCGUCGCCGAAACUUUGCCCCAGGUCUCCGACGCAAUACCCCUGUUAGGAUCAUACUUCAAUUGCAUCAUGUUCAUGGUGGCGAGCAGCGUCGUGCUGACCGUUCUGGUGCUCAACUAUCAUCACAGAUCACCCGACAGAUACGAGAUGCCAAAUUGGACGAAAAUAGUGUUUCUACAAUGGCUGCCGUGUGUGUUGCGCAUGAGUCGGCCGGGCAAGAAGAUCACGAAGAAGACCAUUCUCAUGAGUAAUCGGAUGAAGGAGCUGGAGCUGCAGGAAAGGAGCAGUAAGAGUUUACUGGCGAACGUUUUAGAUAUCGACGAUGAUUUUCGCCAUGGGAACAGCGCCGCCAAUCCUGCCUCGGGCUAUAUAAGCAGGUCGGCGUACGGUACACCGUUGUCGACCAGGCCGGCGACGGUUGAAGAGACUUCGGCAUCGUUGCCUCUCAGCGGCAUGCAGAGGGAACUUCACACAAUUCUCAAGGAAUUGCAGUUCAUCACAAACCGCAUGAAAAAGUCGGACGAGGACGAGGAGGUCAUUAGCGAUUGGAAGUUCGCCGCCAUGGUGGUCGACAGGCUUUGUCUGUUCGUCUUCACAUUAUUCACGGUUAUGGCUACGGUGGUGAUACUGUGUCGCGCGCCACACAUAAUCGUCCAGUAAUAGACUGCCCCGGUCGAACCGAAAAAAUAUACAAAACAUGCCAGGGAUAGCGCCUCCUGGAAUAUUCGGAACGACGUCCGGCAUGAUUCGAGGAGGCGGCUACGCUAGGAGCACGUCGAAGUGAAAACGGGAAAAGCGCGGAGAAAAGAAAGAGAUGGACACGUUAGCCCCUUUCGCGCUCUUCUGCGCGACUCACCUCUCCCGAGGGAACAAGGGAACGCGAUCUCGCGUUCUCGGAUUUCUCACAGCUGAGAAUCACCGCCGGUUCCUUUUCGCGACGUGCUUUCGCUUAGACGCGAAAGGUGGCAAGCAAGAGUGAGACCAUUGAGGACGUUCACAGAAAAAGCCACGGGGAGGAUGGACUUCCGGCAGCGGCAGCUCGAUGGCGAGUGCCGUUAUAAUUUUUUUUAGCGGAGAACACGCCUGGGAAACUUUUCCGGAUUCAAGAGGAAAGAACACGAAAGGAAUGGGAACAAGGAUCCGAUCGCCGACGUCACGCUCCGUUACGACUGCGUUAUUUCGUUUAAGUGACUUAAUUAACAUUUCUAGUGCAGAACCGGUAAGAUAGUCGACGCGCGACGCGAGCUGGAUGGAGAUUUAGAGGAUGCCUCUAGAUCGUAGACGAAGGUAGGUGCAGGCGGAAGGGAAACAGAGAGCACGGGCUGUCGAGCGAAUCCAAUUACGUUUCGCGAGCUCCUAUCGAUCGAGCGAUAUCGACCGGCGAUCGUCGCAACUGUCGUUUGGCGAUCAGAGGUCGAUUUCAUUCGACGACCGAUGCGAUUUCGCGAGGAAGGAACGCGCGACAAGUCGACGGCGUCACGAGACAAAGGAGAUCGCGCAGUCCUCGGAAAAGCGUUGUUGCGGCCUUUCGAUAAUAGAAACAA